AUGAUGAAUGCAUCUAUUGCACAUCCAUCACUGGACAAUGCUCAAAUUGCCAAUAUAGUAGCAUGUAGUGUGGUAUAUGGACUGGCCAUUAUGUGUACCAUAAUAUCGAUAUACAACAAGUCUCGCAAAAAGGUACUAUAUGUUAUCGAUGACGGGCUUAUGAUUCUUGCGAUUUCGCUGACUGGUGAACUUGUGGGAUAUCUUUACAGUAUCAAGCUUGGGUUUGGAAAGCAUAUGGAAACUCUUAGUGUGACUUCCAUCGCUACUAUCUACAAAGUCUUCUAUAUCUUGGAGAUUCUUUACAUGUUCACCGUUGUUGCCGCGAAGAUUUCCCUGUCGAUGAUGAUCUACCGCAUAUUUCACGUGCACCGUUCGGUCAGGAAAAUAUCCAUGAUCUUGAUUGUUUUGACAGUGUGCUAUUUGGUAGUUGCUCUCGGGAUUACCAUCUUUCAAUGCAUUCCUGUUGAAAAAGCGUGGAGUUAUCCGUCGUCUAACACACCAGGGUCCUGUUUGAAUCUCAAAGCUAUUUAUCUUGGUAUUGCUAUACCGAAUAUCGGAACGGAUUUCAUUUUAACUCUCUUACCAAUUUCCUGUGUCGUGGGACUUACCAUAACGACUGGAGCGAAACUCAGAAUAUGCCUGAUGUUUUCGGUGGGAAGCAUUGCCACUAUUAGUUCUAUACUACGUCUCUGGGCACUGAUAGACUUAUACUAUAACCCCCAAGAUUUCACAUACAUUGGGCCUCGCCCACAACUGUGGAGUUUCAUUGAGACAGGGAUGGGUAUUGCGAUAUCAACCGGAUCCCCACUCUUAAUGCAGCUUGGAGGUAGAUUAAAAAAGUUCCAGAAAUCAUCACUGGGCCGGCGCAUGAAUUUUACUAGCAAUAGAACAGCACGCGAGGAUACAAAACUAGGCCGACCAGGAUCAAUGAGUUUACCAGUGAUGGCAAAGUCUCGCAUAUUAGACCAAUACAACAUUGAAAACUCAGACCAACAAUGCAAUAGAAAUAUGGGUGUAGCAGGAAGUGCUGCAAGAUACACUGGAACCAUGACACUGGAUUGGAAGACAUGA